AGACAACAUUUCCAUUCUCGGAUAAUGAAGCGGGAUAGGUUUCUUGAUAUUCUAGCUAAUUUUCAUCUUAAUGAUGAUUCUGCAGCAGUUCCGAAAGGGCAACCUGGUUAUGACCCUCUUCACAAAUUGAGACCUUUCAUAAACCAUUUGAACCAUUUAUUUCAGACUACAUACAUCCCAGAGCAACAUAUCAUCAUUGACGAGGCCUUGUGUCCAUGGAGGGGGAAACUAAGCUUUAAGGUCUACAUGAAAGACAAGCCUGUCAAGUGGGGAAUAAAAUUGUACCAUCUCUGCGAAAGCAAGUCUGGGUAUGUCUGGCAGUUUGAAAUAUUGUGCGGUAUGCCUGGACUGAGCAACAGGCCCUAUGAUGUUGUUCAGCGUCUUUUGGGGCCCCUGAAGUCGCUUGGCUACUGCCUGUACACGGACACGUACUACACCAGUCUUGCUCUUGCUGAGGACUUGGCCUCCAGCAACACAGGCUUCACCGGAACUGUUUUGAGCAACAUAAUAGGCCUGCCAAAAGAAUUCAUGAACACAAAGCUUGACACAGGGGGUGUUGAUUUUAGGCGCUGCAAAAACACUGUGGUGUUGCGGUGGAAAGACAAAACGGAUGUGGCAGUCCUGUCCACCAUUCACAGACCUCAGAUGGUUGCUGUGAAUACCCGUACCAGUGUAAAGAAGAGGCCCACAGCUAUUGUGGAUUACCACAAGAAUAUGGGCGGGGUGGACCUCAACGAUCAUAUGAUUUCCUACAACGCUUUCUACAGGAAGACCACAAAAUGGUGGAAGAAACUUGCCUUCCAUAUGCUGACUCUCACCAUGGUGCAAGCCCAUUGUCUGUACCUAAAGGUCAGAAAAAUGAUUGGUAAACCAGGUAUGUGUCUUGAAGAUUUUAUGAUUUCUGUAGGUGAAGAUUUGGUGACCGUGCCAAAAAGUGAUGGGGAUCAACCAACAGGAGCUGCAGUACCUCAGGAUCCUCAACAACUUCGCAUACAGGGGAGCCAUUUGUCACAUUUUCUUGUUCCUCUUAAAGGCAGAAAAAAUUGUUGUGUUUGUUACGCGAGGCUAAAGGCAGAAGGUACAGAUUCCAAAUAUCGGAGGAAAAGGACCAAACGCACUAAAUGGGAGUGCCAGCAGUGUAAGAAGGCUCUCUGUGUGCAUCCCUGCAUGAAGGCCUAUCACACUAUGCAGGAUUACACUCGACCCCUACAGAACCUGGUAUAAAUAAGUUCUCAGUGAGUAAAUAGCUUCAAUAAUUCUAUAUGAAGUUACGUUUCAUCAAGUGUUGUUGAACUAUUAUCAAAACCCUAAAUGUGGUGUAAAAUGAAAAGUUUGACAAGUUUAUUCCUUUCUUGUGAUCUUGAAAGUAAUAGCGAUAAAAAGAAAAAAGUCAAAUCAUUUGUUUUUAUGGUCCUGAUCAUCACACACUCUUCUUUUGUUUAGUUUGUGCAAUUAUAAUCCUAAUCAUGUGAGUACCCAUUUGACAAUGAGCACAAUUCUACAGCCAUGGUUUUUAACAAUUUUGGAGAGUGGUGCAGCAUUGUGCAUUUUAGUCAACAAAAACAAUGUUUAUUUCUACUUGAUUUGCUGGCAUCAAAAUUGCUUCUUGGAGGUCUAAAUUGUCCUUGGAUAAUAACUAUAACCUGUGCCAACCUAAAUAAAAAUCUUUCAAAAUUCUA